AUGGUGAUAUGUGGGAUGGGUGGAAUCGGGAAGACAACCAUUGCAAAAAUUGUUUAUAAUCAAAACUUCGAUAGAUUUAAAGGUAGUAGUUUUCUUGUAAAUGUUAGAGAAACUUCAAAACAAUCCAAUGGACUGGUUCGUUUACAAAGACAACUUCUUUCAGAUAUUUUUAAGCGGAAAAUAGAAAAAAUACACAAUGUUGACGAGGGAAUCAUUAAGAUUAAAGAUGUUAUAAGCUGUAAAAAUGUUCUUGUUGUUUUAGAUGAUGUGGAUGAGUUGGACCAAGUAAAUGCAAUAUUUGGAAUACGACACUGGUUUCAUCCUGCUAAUAAAAUUAUCAUUACAACUAGGCAUGACCGUUUGCUAAAGGUUCAUGAAGUUUGUGAGGUUUCCAUGGUUAAGGAGUUUAAUGAUGUUGAAGCGCUUCGUCUCUUCAGUUGGCAUGCUUUUGGACAAGACCAUCCUAUUGAAGCAGACAUCAAGCAGCUCAUUCGUAGAUGCCUUGUAACAGUUGGAGUAGAGAACAAGCUAAUGAUGCAUCAAUUGCUUAGAGAUAUAGGGAGGGAGAUUAUUCGCCAAGAAUCUCCUAAGGAGCCUGGAAAACGCAAUAGAGUAUGGCAUCAUAAGGAUGUAUACAAUGUAUUAAAAGAAAAGACUGGAACAGAAACAAUUGAAGGUUUCAUCCUAGACCUGUGUGUGCUACAGGAAGAUAUGCAAGGCAAGAGUGUAAAUAAUACACAACACCACCAUUUUGACAAUUUUGUGGACAACAAUUUAUCAAAGCGCUGGCGUCAUCAUGGCUUAUUCUCUUGGCUUCCCACAUAUUCUGUCUCAACAGAAUCAAAUGAAGAAGUCGAUUUGAACACUGAUGCAUUUUUUUUGAUGUGCAAAUUACAAAUACUCCAGCUUUAUAGUGUACAACUCAUUGGUGGCUAUGAAAAUUUUCCUAAGAAGUUAAGAUGGCUGCAUUGGCAUGGAUUCCCUUUAAAAUUUAUACCUAAUGAUUUUCCUCUAGAGAGCCUGGUUGUUCUUGAUAUGCGCAAUAGCAGCUUGGCACAACUUUGGAAAGGAACCAAGGUAUUGUUGAAGAUCCUCAAUCUCAGUCAUUUCCAUGGCCUUGUCGAUUCCCCAGAUUUCUCACUACUCCCUAAUCUUGAGAAACUGAAACUUAAAGAUUGCAUAAAUUUGGUUGGUGUUCAUGAAUCCAUUGGGAAACUAGAGAGACUUGUUUUGCUGAAUCUAAGAGGUUACAGAAAUCUUACAAAGCUUCCAAGGGAAAUUGUUCUGCUCAAAUCCCUUGAAGAACUUAUUCUCUCAGACUGCUCAAGUCUUGACAAGUUACCUCCUGACCUGGUCAAGAUGGAAUCUUUGAAAGUGCUUAAUGCAGAUGGAAUAAAUCAAUUGUCCUCAAAUAGUGGAGCAGUUAAACCAUGGCAUGAACAUAUUUGGUCUUGGGUAUCAAAACUAAGAAGUCGCCCUAAAUCCAUUUGUUUCUCAUUGACUUCCUUACCACGCUCAUUAGUAAGCUUAAAUCUUUCAAAUUGCAAUAUAUCUGGUGAUGGUAUUCCAAGGAAUCUCAAUACUCUGUCCUCAUUGCAAAGCUUGCAUCUACACAGAAAUCCAAUAUGCAGCCUUCCAGGAAGCCUCAAAGGUCUUACUAGGCUAAUUGUUCUUAACUUAGCUGACUGCACUAGGCUCCAAUCACUUCCAGAGCUUCCAUUGAGUUUAUACUCAUUAGAUUUAAGUGGAUGCAGAUCUUUGGAAAUGGUAGCAAAUCUGUCAAACUUGUAUAAACGACUAUAUUUAGACAUAGGUAAUUGUGAGAAACUAGUUGAUAUUCCGGGAUUAUUGAAGUUAGAACCAAUUGGAAACAUUGAUUCAGAAAUGAUUAACAAUUUGAGCUUGACUAAGUGGGAUUUCAUGGGAAUGGCUGAGUUCGAACUAUACAGUAACCUAACUGGUACAAUUAUUAAAGCUCCCACACUCCAGAGUAGAGGUUUAUCAAUGUCUUUUAUAGUUCCUUCACUUCCACAUCUCAAAUUCUGUGGCCUAAAUAUAUGCAUUGUAUAUGCCAUGGAUUUUAGACUGGCAGAAUGGUCUCAUGAAUAUAUUAAAGUCAGUAAUAAAACUAAGGGUAUGAAAUGGCCAUAUAGGCCAACAUUUAGAGGCAUUACAUAUGAACACAAAGAUGUGAUAUGGUUAAGUGAUUGGAAGAUAGCGGAUCUGUUAAUGGAAGUUGGUGAUGAAAUGAACAUCUCUGUGAAUAUGGCGGAAUUUUUUUGGGUAAAAGAAUUUGGAAUUCGAAUUCUGUAUGAUGAAGAAGGGAAAUGUAUCCAGAACAACACUAGAUAUUCUUUUCAUCAUAAUGUCAUUGAUUUGUCAACAUAUCAAAUGAGAGAAGGCGAGUACUUCUUAUGCAAUGACGAUGAUGUUAGUUGGGCGCUACUCUACUCAAGGAUGUGCGAGUAG